UCCUGCUUCCUCACUGAUGCACGUAAGGGUCACGGCUCGAGUUCUACCCUUGGCAUUGUAAGCGCGGGACUGAACUUGCUCUCCUCGGCACAGUGACACGAGAAUGUGGCAGUGGAAGUCAUUUUAGCUGAGCCAAAACUACACGUCAGUUACGUUGUGUGAAUGGGCAUUGUUGGCGAGGUUUUCCACGGCUCUAAAUGGCUGACAGACCGUGGUGGCGCCAAAUGUUAGUGCGAUAUUAGUGCACAGCUGCUGAUGUAUGAAUUGUGAGCCAAAUAACACAGAAUCGAGGCCUCUGAUUGGUGCGCCUGGUGGGUGCCGAAGUCUUUAGCUCCAAGCUGCUGAGCGCUCCAAGAAGGGGGCGCAAAGGUAUACCAUACCCUCUGACGAACAGGUUCCCAGUAAGACUGUGCAAUGCCUGGAUUUUCUACUGAAGAUUUUGGCACAACUCUCCAUAAUAAGAGAUUCAACAACAACAAGAGGAAGCGACAAGCAGUGGACGCCCAAGAGACCCUCGGUGAGAAGGGGAACGGGAAGGAGAAACUGACCACGAACAAGAAGAAGAGGCGGCUGGAGAGCCUCGAAGACUGCACCAGCCACGAGAAGACGGUCACUGAAGGCUGUGCAGAGAUGAAACAUCGCGCGAGCCGGCGAGGACACAAAAAUCAGAGGGACGGGAAUGACAUCAAAGGCAAGAAAACGAUGAGCGUGGAGUGUUUUCAUCCGAUUAUGGACCGCACCAAGAAGAGAAAGAGGCAGAACAAGGACGACGACGAGAAACAGAACAAGAGGAAGAAACAGGACACGGAGGAAACGGAAAACCAGGACAAGAAAAGGAAGAGGCAGGUUAAUGACGACGACGAGAAGCAGAACAAGAAGAGGCAGAGGCAGGUUACGGACGAUGACGAGAAGCAGGACAAGAAGAGGAAGAGGCUAGACACGGAGGACGACGAGAAGCAGGACAAGAAGAGGAAGAGGCAGGUUAAGGACGACGACACGAAGCAGGACAAGAAGAGGAAGAGGCAGGACGCGGAGGACGACGAGAAGCAGGCAAAGAAGAGCAGGGGGGAGGGCAGGAGAGAACGAAAGAAGGGGGGGAAGAUGGAGUGCUGUCAAUGCGUUAAGCACGGCAUCAAGAGAUGGAAGAUGAGAGGGUGGUACAAAGACGACGUGGUGAGGCUGAUGGUGGAUGCCAAGAGAGUCAGCAAGGAGAGGAACGUGAGCAGGUGGUGCCGUCUUAAUAUUGGGAAAGAAAACCUGGUGUCCGCGACCGUGCGCGGCCACGCGUGCCUUGUCCAGCUUGACAGCGGCUCCUCAUGCAGCCUCAUGAGGCUAACACUGGCCCGGAGGCUGGGAAUCGUCACGGGCAAGCAAGAGACGGUAAAGAAAUACUUGUUUACCUGGGCUGGCAUGCUGGAGUUGGACGUGAUCGAGCUGGACGAGGUGGUGGUGAUGCUGCGUCGCUACGUGGCGGUCAACACGCGCAUGACGGUCAUUGUACGCGGGGAUGUGAGGAAGCACUCCUUGGACCUCAUAGUUAUGUCCAUGAGCCGCCUGCAGGAGGCCGAGGUGCGGCAGGAGUUCCAUCCCGACGACAGCAGCAUCCUGUUCCUGCGUAACCCAAAACGUCUGCGGCGGAGACAACCUUCGGACACACAACACAAAACGUUCAUGUUUGCCGCACGAGCGUUAGACAUCGAGGAGCCGCUGACGGUGAUGGUGAACACUGGUAACGCGUCAACAUUCUCUAUCACUAAGACUGGUCAGGACAAGAUGCUGUGCAGGACAGGCAAAUCGACUGUGCUGCCGAAACGAGUCCUGCUGCACUUUGGCAGCGGCACAGACACUCUGCGAAAGAUGGACACGAUAUACAUGCGCCACUGGUUUGAUUUCGUGUUUGGACGAACGCUGCUGUGUAAAUUACAAGCAGCGAUAGAUUAUGAUGAUUUGUCCAUGACCUUGACGCUCAACGGAAAACGAUACCGCUUCGACAUCCUCACUCACGUCCUCCGUCUGCGUACGCCCAGAGGUGCCGCGUCCUCUCAGCCUCCGCCUUGAUUUUAUUGAUUGAUUGAUUUUUUUGUUUUGUUUC